AUGACCGUCGCUCAGCUAGUGCACAUGCUAUUAUGUGCGAUGCUUUCAACUAGAUUCGUGCUGGCCGAUCUCGAAGAUUUAAGUAAGCUCCGCCGCCUCGUGACACUCUCAAGACACGGCAGUCGGGCUCCAAACAACAUAGUCCGGUUCAUUUGCCCACGUAAUAAACGAAAUCUGGACGCAUACGAAGUGCCGCUUACGCAGCUAACGGAAAUUGGUAUGAAUCAGCUUUUAGCUGUUGGUGAGCACAUUCGUAGAACUUACAUGGUGGACGAGCUGGAGCACGAAGAAGCUUUCUUGUCGCGCUCGCUUAAUGGUGUCAACCACUCGCAUUUUGAAACGUAUUUUCGCGCUGACGCAGCAACGCGGUGCGCGCAGAGUGCCACGGCGUUGGGUUACGGCUUGUACCCAGACGGAACAGGCCCCCAUGGUUUUCCACACCAACCUGUGCCGAUAACCAUGCAACUUGUAGAAAACGAACAUGCAUUUGCGGCUCCAAAGGGUCCUUGUCUUAGUACCUUGGAGGCGGAUCUAGCUGUGUAUGCUCAACAUCGCGCUCCAGAGCUUUUUGACCAUUAUCGCGAUGUCCUCGAACAGGUGGGAAAGGCCUGUGGUGUUUUCAUCGAAGACAUCCCCUACAUUCCUGGUGGUGAAGACGCUGUGUUGGGUGUAAAAGAUUUAGCUGAUAUGUUUGUCUUUGACCGCGACGAGGGUCUGCCUCUUCUCGAGGGUGUGACAGUCGAAGCGCGCGAAAAAUUAAAUCAGCUGGCGUUUACGAACCUCAUGGAGCGAUAUUUCUCGUCAGACCGCAAAGUUACAUACUGGGUGGGAGGUUUCAGUGACUUGCUGCUGAAUACGCUUCACGACGGAGCUGUACCGACGGCUCCAUCGGUUGAAGAUUACCGCUUCUUCUCUUUUCAUGGACAUCGUGAACUGCUUCAUGGCCUGGGUAUGAUGCUGGGCUGGGAAUUCCACUUUGAAGGACUACCGACAGCUCUCAAUGUGUCAGCUCUUCACCCAGGUACCACCAUGUUUUUUGAGCUGCGAGCACGUCCACCCACUAAUGAAGAGGCCCGGGAGCAACCUAAAGCGAGUGAAAUUUAUUUUCUACGAACAUACAUAUGGUCGCCUCUGACAAAACGUGAGCAGAUUAGGCUGACAAAGUGCUCGGUCGCAGAUUGUCCACUAAAUGAAUUCACUCGGAUUAUCACGGAUCACAUUGCGAAAACGGACCCAUGGGAGACUAUCUGUAAUUAUAAAAGGCCGGUCGUUGGUCAAAGCCAGGUGGCAUUAUCGCAGGAGCCUUUCGUGGAGAGAUUCAACGGCUCCUCACAUCUCUCUUCUUUAGUUCUCAUCGGAGUUGCUAUUGUGGUGGCACUAGCACUUGCAACCUUCAAGAGCCUACCGUAG